CUGCAGAUGGCCGAGGCUUUGCUAGGAAUUGUGAUUGAAAACUUGGGAUCUUUUGUCCAAGAUGAACUUGCAACGUUUUUGGGUGUUGACCAACAGAUUCAGAAGCUUUCCAGCUAUCUCACUGCAAUUCGCGCUGUCCUCGAAGAUGCUGAGGAAAAGCAAAUCACAAGUAAAGCUGUGAAGGAUUGGCUUCAGAAACUGACAGAUGCAGCAUAUGUGUUGGACGAUAUCUUGGAUGAAUGUUCAAUGCACCCAAAAAGUUCAUGCUUAUCCCGUCUCCACCCUAAGGACAUUCUCUUUCGUCGUGAUAUUGGCAAGAGGAUGAAUGACAUCACCCAAAGAUUUCAUGACAUUGAUGAAGAAAGGAGCAUGUUUCAAUUCAGUACUGGUGUCACUGACAAGCAAGCAGAGGAUGAUGAUGAAUGGCGCCAAACUAGCUCUGUCAUUACUGAACCCAUUAUCUAUGGUAGAGACCAAGACAGAGAGCAAAUUGUGGAGUCUCUUUUGCGGCAUGCAAGCAACAGCCAAGACCUCUCCAUCUAUACCAUAGUUGGUAUGGGUGGACUUGGGAAAACCACACUUGCCAAACAGGUCUUCAAUGAUGACCGGGUAAGCAAACAUUUUGACUUGAAAAUCUGGGUUUGUGUUUCUAAUGAUUUCAAUACAAAAAUAAUACUGCAAUCCAUCAUAGAAUGUGUCACUGGACAAAAUCCCAAUCUCAAUACUUUAGAAGCAAUGCAAAAAAAGGUUCAAGAAGUGUUGCAGAGCAAGAGGUAUUUACUUGUUCUUGAUGAUGUGUGGAAUGAAGACCAAAGGAAAUGGAAGGAGUUGAAGGGGGUGUUACAGUGUGCAAUGGGAACAAUUUUGGUCACCACUCGACUUGAGCAAGUUGCAUCCAUCAUGGAAGUGUGUCCUGUUCAUCGUUUGAUAGAAUUAUCUGAUGAUGACAGUUGGUCAUUGUUCAAACAUCAUGCAUUUGGACAUGACAGAGAAGAGAGUGAAGAGCUUGUUGCAAUUGGCAAAUAUAUAGUGAGGAAAUGCGUUGGUUCACCCCUUGCAAUCAAAACACUGGGAAGCCUCUUGCGUGGUGAAAGUGAAGUACAACAAUGGCAGAACAUAAAGGAACACGCUUCCAUGAUGGAUGCAACUUGCUCAAGCCGAGUGGUGACCAAAAUUGUUCCCAUUGCACACUGCAACACCCCCUUCAACUCCUUCCAUUUCCUUUGGUCUUCAUUCCACACAUCAUCAAGAACAAGUAAAUACCUCUUGCUCUGCAACACUUCUUGA